GCACCGCGGCCCCGGUGCGGGCCGCCUCCCCCGCAGCUCCCGGCCUCGUAUGGGCGGUGCCGGCGUCCCGGCCCCCGCACGCCCGUCCCGCUCGGCGUUAGCAUGGGCACGGUGCUCUCCCUCUCCCCCGCCGCCUCCUCGGGCAAGGGCGGCGGCGGCGGGGGGCUGCUGGCCGAGAAGGCGCCGGGAAGGGUGUCGGGCAAGGGCGAGAGCCGGCUGAAGCGCCCCGGCGUGCUCAUCUCGGCGCUAACCUGGAAGCGGCUGGUGGCCGCCUCGGCCAAGAAGAAGAAGAGCACCAAGAAGGUGACGCCGAAGCCCGGCGGCGGGGCCCCGGGGGGGGCCCCGGGCCAGCCCGACCCGCUGGUGGUGCAGCGCAACCGCGAGAACUUGCGCAAGUCGGUGGUGGGGCCGGCCGACGGCGCCAAGCAGGGCCCGCUAGCCGUGCCGGUGCCCACGGUGCCCUCGGCGCCACAGGAGCUGCACCCGGGCUCCGGCGGGGGAAAGCCGCCGCCGCCGCCACCGCCGCCGGCCGGCAGCCGCCCCGCGGGGUCUCCGCGCCGCGUGGUGGUGCAGGCGUCCACCGGAGAGCUGCUGCGCUGCUUGGGGGACUUCGUGUGCCGCCGCUGCUACCGCCUGAAGGAGCUGAGCCCCGGCGAACUCAUCUCAUGGUUUCGCAGCGUGGACCGCUCGCUGCUGCUGCAGGGCUGGCAGGACCAGGGCUUCAUCACCCCGGCCAACCUCGUGUUCGUCUACCUACUGUGCCGGGAAGCGCUGCGGGGCGAAGACAUCGGGAGCCAGGCCGAGCUGCAGGCCGCCUUCCUCACCUGCCUCUAUCUCGCCUACUCCUACAUGGGCAACGAGAUCUCCUACCCGCUCAAGCCCUUCCUGGUGGAGGGAGACAAGGGGCGCUUCUGGGAGCGCUGCCUGGGCAUCAUCCAGCGCCUCAGCGCCAAGAUGCUACGAAUCAACGCGGACCCGCACUACUUCACGCAACUCUUCCAGGACCUCAAGAGCGAGGGCGAGGGCGGAGACGGGUCCAAGCACUGGACGAUCAGCCUGGACCGCUAGGGAGGUACCAGGCCCCCGGCGCCGGGGGCGGAAGGGGCAGCGCACCGAGGGGCGGGGGAGGCGAAGGACUGCCGGAUUCCCCCCCCUGCCCCCGCAUCCUCCUCUCCUUCCUCCUUCCCCAGCCAUCAGUUCCACGGAGACGCUGCUUGGACCCUCCCUGCUCCGGAUCCGACUGCCCUCCUUCUCCGCCUCCGACCCCAGCUGGGGGCUGCGCUCCGGAGCACCGAGGCGGCGGUGAAGACCGGGGAGGGGGAGAGGUGUCCCUCCCACCUUCGCGAAGGGGGGGAGGGGGAGGCUGCGGAGCAGCGGAGGCUCCUGGAUGCGUUUUCUCUAGAAGAAAGGGAUGAAAAAAUGGAUGUGGGGGCUCGGGGGGCGGGGCGGAUUUUGGGUUGUGGCGGGUGCCCCAGGUAGAGGUUGCAUGUGAACGAGUCCCCCGGCGCGGGCAGGGCCGCCCCGCGCCUCCGCAGCGCUCCCGGUGCUGUCCGUGGUGCUGGAGCUGCCGCGCCUGAGCAGACAAAGGCGGGGAUUGCGGACAAGGCUGGGGGUGUUUCUGUGUUGCGGGCGAUGCCUUCUCCCCAUUCCCCCCGCCCACGUGUGGUAUAUGGUCCCCCCCAGCAUGGGCGACUCUGCCCCUCACCCCGCGGGAGCAGCCCCCAUACCCCUUUGUUCGAGCCGCUGGGGGGGGCUCCCAUGCCCCUCCCCGCAGGUAAAUCCCCCCCGGUGUGCCCCCGAAACAGGGGGUGAUGCCUCCCCCCCUUGGCUUGCUGCGGGAAGAGGGGUCUGUGCCAGAGGAGGCCUAGGGUGCCCAAACGGAGGGGGCUUGCUAUGGGAGGGGGGUCUCCUCUCCUCUUGCUUUGCUUCACUGGAGAAUAAAGAGGUGGCCUGGA